GCACUUGAGAGGAGAAAGAAUCCGAGUGUAAACAAAAAGAACAUAUCUAUCAUCAUCAUCAUCAGCUUGUCGGAGUCGCGGUCGCGAGACGAUAUCUCUCCCUUGACAAUGCCAUGUUGCUAUGUUAUUACAGAGAAGAUAUCGGAAGGCGUGGUGGUUCGCUACAAUAAACUUAAACGCUGUCGUGUGGCGAAUAACGUUCGGUGCAGCAGGUUAUUCGUAUGAGAUAGUGCACGCUAGAUUGCAGAUUCCAUGGCAAAACCGGAGCGAUUACGCUUCACGAUUCUGGAAGACUUGAUACUUUUACGGGAAGUCUUGCGACAGAAUCCGUACGAGGAAAGUGACAGGUGGAAGGCCGUUGCCCAGCAUGUCGUGAACGCGACGCAAAAGAACUUCAGUCUACGUUGCGUCAAGGAACACGUUGAUCAUCUGUUAAAAAUUUGGUCGAGAGAAGGCCACACGCACUUGAGAAAAUCGGGAACUGAGGAACAGUAUAAUGAAAAAGAGCGACUUUUGCAGCAAGUACAAGACUUGCAAAGAGAAUUCAGAUGCAUCAAUGUACAAAAAUCGAGAGCGCAGACAAGAGAGGUAACCUUGGAGAACAUUUCUGAUACUUUAGAGGUAAUAAUACAGGAACCAACAAUGACAACAUGCAUACCUUCGUGUAUCCCAUCUUCGACAUUGUUACCAAUUGCUUUACCAUCACCAACUUCAUCAUCUUCGUCAUCGUCGUCGAUUCUGCUGACCUCAGUGAGCCCAUUGCGAUCGCCAGCCACAUCGCCAUCGAGAACAGGUGGUCCCAUAAGGAAUAAAAUGCGUCACGACACAGUGAAGAAGUCAACGUUACAAUUUCUACAAGAAAGACAUAAAAAAGAGGUGGAAUUUCAAGAAAAACAAUUUCAUUUAGAGGAGAGGAGAAUUCAACUUGAGGAAGAAAAGUUUAGAAUGGAAAAAAAGGAACGCGAGGCGAGACUUGAAUUAGAAAUUGAAGAGAGGAGACAAAGAAUUUCUGUAUCUAAACAGAAACAAGAGAUUCUAGAAAUAUUAUUACAAUUAAUACAUAAACCUUGAUUAUUUUUGUAAGCGAUAGUUUUUCUUUGUUUUAUUG